AUGGUAACAAUCGGUAAUGCACAUGAUGAUUUAAUACACGAUGCUGUAUUGGAUUACUAUGGGAAAAGAUUAGCUACAUGUUCGUCAGAUAAAACAAUUAAACUCUUCGAGGUUGAAGGAACCGAAAACUACAAGUUAGUUGAAACAUUGAUUGGUCAUGAAGGACCAGUUUGGCAAGUUGCUUGGGCACACCCUAAGUUUGGGUCUAUAUUAGCCUCCUGUUCAUAUGAUGGGAAGGCAUUGAUUUGGAAGGAACAACCAGAAACCCAGCAAUGGUCUAUUAUUGCUGAGCAUACAGUUCACCAGGCCAGUGUAAACUCGGUUAGUUGGGCACCUCACGAAUUGGGAGCCAUUUUAUUAUGUACUUCUUCAGACGGAAAGGUUUCCGUUGUUGAUUUUAACGAUGAUGGUACUACUUCACACAUAAUUUUUGAUGCACAUGCUAUAGGAGUUAAUUCCGCAUCAUGGGCUCCAUUAUCUAAUAACAAUACCAAGGGUAAGGAUACUAAUUCCAUACGUAGGUUCGUGACCUGUGGUUCUGAUAACUUGGCCAAGAUCUGGAAGUUCGAUUCGAGUAAAAAUGCAUAUAUUGAGGAGGCUGUCUUAGAAGGACACACUGACUGGGUUCGUGAUGUCUGUUGGUCUCCAUCGAUUUUGAUUCGUUCAUAUAUUGCUACCGCAUCUCAAGAUCGUACUGUUUUAAUUUGGUCUCAAGAUAACAACGGAAAAUGGCAAAAACAAUUAUUGACCGAGGAAAUGUUUCCAGAUGUAUGCUGGAGAUGUUCUUGGUCAUUAUCAGGUAACAUAUUGGCUGUUUCUGGUGGUGAUAAUAAGGUAAGUUUAUGGAAAGAAAACCUACAGGGUAAAUGGGAGUCGGCUGGUGAGGUCGAGUAG